UAUGACCACAUUAAAACUGGACUUCGGCUAGUUAGUUGAGGGUAGUCGGUCGUACAGGAUAUACGCAUCGCAGACUCUACAGAGAUUUUUUUCAGAGAAUUACACAGAGAAUACAAACAUGGCCGCCGCACCGAACUUUGACGCGAUCGAGAUGCAGCCGGGUCAGAAGGCGGAAUGGAUUACCAAACCAGACCCAAGCGAGGUCGUGGGAUGCCCUCCCGGUCUCGAGUACCUUACCCAAGUCGAUCAGAUACUCGUUCACCAAAUCGUCGAGAUCUUCGAAGCCAUAACAAACAUUGAGAUGAAGAACAAGUAUGCAAUCAAGAACUCUUUGGGUCAACAAAUGUUUUAUGCUUUCGAAGAAUCAAGCUUCUGUCAUCGUUUCUGGUGCAAGCAGGGUAGGGGACUCGAUAUCCAUGUCGUUGAUAAUGAACAAAAGGAGGUGAUGAAGAUUGUUCGACCCUUCCAGUGCUGUGCUGGAUGCUGCUGGUGCGCCGACACUGACUGUUGUUCUUUCGUCAUUCAAGUAGAAGCACCGCCCGGUAACAUCAUCGGCUAUGGGAAGCAGACAAAGAGUUGGUGGUACCCUCAUCUGGACGUCCUCGAUGCCGAUAAGAACUCGAUAAUGAAGAUCAGAGGACCUUGUUGCUUCUGCCAGACAGUAUGCUGCAGGUGUGAUAUCGACUUUAAAGUGAUGUCGAAUGACUUGAAAGAUGAAUUAGGUGUGAUUCAGAAACAAUGGUCUGGUUGUAUAAAGGAAUGCUUCACCCGCGCUGAUCACUUUGGUAUGACUUUUCCUAAAGACCUUGAUGUAAAAGCAAAGGCCACUCUCAUUGGUGUUUUGUUCCUGAUUGAAUUCAUGCAUUUCGAGCAACAAAACAACAGCGGCUAAUUUGAUUGGGAAUAUUUCAGAGAAAGUCUGCUUCCAGCUAGCAUAGAACUCUACACUAAUUAUGGAAGACUGCGGGAAUGACAAAUGGAAGUGAUUGGCGUAAAUACAGCAGGCACAAGGGGGGCAAAUACCCCCCUCCCCAUCGAAUAGUGAAGAAAAAGAAGGGGAAAAGACAAUAAAGAGAGAAGGGAGACAGGGCGAGAAAUAAGAGUACUUAUAAAUGCCCUAACUCUGCAUGACUAAUGUACGUGCUCACGGCACAAAAAGAAAUUUAGGAACAUGAAAAUACACGCUGAAGUGAGACAAAUUAAAAAAUACAAGUAGAUCUAUACUGGGAAUCAACUUCAAUUUCAAAAAGAUGAGUUUUGGGGACAUUUUAAAAACGAUGAACACUUGAAAUAAUAGUUAAUAGUUAUUUACAGAAUAGGUCCCAAUAUACAAGGUAUAAUAAUUUUGAUUCAUCUCUUUCCAAGGUUGAAUGCGGAAUUCCGCAGGGAUCCAUACUCGGUCCCUUGUUAUUUUUGCUGUACAUUAAUGAUUUGUGUAAUGUUACUUCAUUUUUUCAUUUCGUUUAUUUGCUGAUGAUACCAAUAUCAUUUCCUCACAUAAAGACUUUAAUACGCUCCUACAUAAGACUAGCGAAGAGUUAGGCAAAAUAGUUGACUGGUUUGAUUCCAAUAAGUUAGUAAUUAAUCAUGACAAAACAUGUAUUUUGUAUUUCUCUAAACCUAAUAUUAAGUUUCCUCCUCAUACAAUCAAAGUGAAAAUUAAUGAUAUAUACUUGAAUGUUUCUGACUCCGUGAAAUUUCUUGGAGUUUUAUUGGACAAUCAACUUACUUUUCAAAACCAUCGUAUGUACAUUCUAAAAAAGAUCUCUAAAAAUGUCGGAAUUAUCUGUAAAUUGCGUUC